AUGGACCAAGCAGCAGAUGAUCUCAUCAGCUCCGUCGGCAAAUAUAGCAAAGUGGGAAUAUGGCUGUGCCAAGGUCAGACUAGACUGGCGCGAAAGACGAACUCCAAGCCCAUAGGAAAAUUGAGCCGUCGGUCAAGCCUUCUACAACAACCACUCCCGCUCGAAGAGACACUAUGGGUAGAACUCAUCGAGGCUAUUGUCUCCAUCGCCCGGACCAACGCCUCCUUAUCACUCCUCAGCGACCAACGGCCAACCGAACAGCCUGUCAAUGACAUCGGCGCCCAAAUCCGCCUCUCCAUCCAAGAAGUCUUCACCGCCCUCCUCGCCUCCACUACCACAUCUACUCCCGCCGACCGUCGCACGUCCGACGGCGCAGACCUUGCCUUCCUCCGCAUCCUGCGCACCUUCCUCUCCAACGCCGCUAAGGCGUCCCCGUCCCUUGCCGAGCUGCGCCAGGUCAUCACGUCGAUCUUCUCUGCGUAUGCACAUGAGCAGUCGCUCUUGAGCUUAUCGAACGCAAUACUGGAUAAGGAUGUGUUUGUGCACUUGGAUGAGGUCAAGCAGUUGAGGCAGCAGGGGUGGCGGCCAAAGGGGCAGGUGUGUGAGGUCUGUCGGAGGAGGGUCUGGGGACCGGGUUUAGGCGCGGGUGUGUGGGAGGGUUGGCAAGAGCGAGAGAUGGAGAGGCAGGAGCGGAAGGCCGACAGGCAUACAGUCGAAGGCUUGGAGCUAGCUGACGGCGGGGAUGUGGGGAAGGGCAAGGGCGUAGUGAAGGCUGACCACGGGCCUGAGCUGGGCAAAAGUGGAGAAAGUAGUGGCUUGGGGACCGAGAGUGCGGCCGACUCUUUGGGAGCCGUUGUGGUCUUCUCAUGUCGGCAUAUCUAUCACCGGCGGUGUUUGAUGGGUGAGGGCGAGCUACAGCCGCAGCAGCGACAGGCAGCUGCGGGACAGCUUGAGACAGCAGGCGAGCAGGACAGGAGGCUUGCGUGUCCAGCUUGUAUCGCGAGUAGGCCGUAG